GAAACAUCAAAUGAUGACGAUGACGAUGACGACGAAGUUAAUAUAAGGAACCAAUUUAAAUUAGCGGAGUUGGAAAGACAAAAAAAUCCAUUUCCUGUCGUGCCGUUUUCGGAAUCAAAUUCACGUCCUUUGACUAGUCGUCUUCUCCCAACGAUCACUCUUCACACAAGUGCAGGAGGAUACCAAACUAUACAAUAUGACCUCGAAAUUUCGGAUGACUUAUAA